GCAACUGUGUUUGUGUAUGACAUGUAAUGGCUACAAGAGGUAGACCACAGAAUAAGGCGCAACAUCAACCCGGCGACAAAGUCUCAGUGUUCUACCACAACACCCAACGCUGGCGCCGAGCCGAAAUCCUCUCGACAGACGGCACCCUCAACGAAUCCACAAUAAAAUACAAAAGGGACGGAAUCGAGGAGACGGUGAGCAACGAAAACCUAAAACCCGUCCAAGAAGCAACUCCUCGACGUCGAAGAUCAAGAUCUAGAUCAAGAAGCCGCUCGAGGUCACCAGCUCGAGCAGCGACGCCAAGAAAAAAACCAACGCCGUCACCAAAACGAGGCCUAGCGAAGGUCAUAGCUGUGGAGCAGUCAAGUUAUUCGGAAAGCGAGCCAGACAUGCCGGUAGUAAUCAAGCCGGUAACGCGCGCACAGACAGCGGAAACACUCGCUGAAAAAGCGUCCGAAUCACGACCGACCGAGUCGGGAACGGUUGAAAAACCAAUGGCAGUAGACGAUGUGAAGAAGUUGCUCGCUCCUAGGACGACUCAUUAUGAGUUUAUGGGUCCGAUUGGCGUGUUUUUCAUGCUCCUAGGGCUGCCAACCACAGUCUACUAUCUCUAUUUUGCUUGCAAUGCGGCGUCCUGUUCGGUGCGAGAUGUUGGCAACGUCGAAUUUCCCGAGUGGAGAGGCUUCGUCAGCUUGGAGGCGUUCUGCUUGUUUCUCGGAUGGUUCGUGUUGCAGUGCUUUCUCUACGUGUUGCCAGUUGGAAAGGUGGCUCAGGGCGGAAAGCUCAGAACUGGACAGCAGUUGGAUUACAGACUCAAUGCUUUCUUUGCAUUGGUGAUCAGCCUGGUCGUGAUCGGAUUGCUACACUUAGCCGGAUAUCGACUGUCAAUCGUGUACGAUCGCUACUUGGAACUGAUCACUGCAGCUACCGUUUUCUCACUUGUAUUAAGUGUGUUUGUCUAUUGGCGAUCGCACAGGAAAGACGCUCUACUAGCUGAAGGUGGCAACACGGGGAAUUUUGUUUAUGACUUCUUUAUUGGUCGUGAGUUAAAUCCUCGUUUGGGUGUUAUGUUUGACAUCAAAGAGUUUUGUGAACUAAGGCCUGGUCUCAUCGGAUGGGUUGUGAUUUGCAUCGGGAUGGCCAUGAAGCAGUGGGAGCUGCAUGGCUAUGUAACACCAUCAAUGAUUCUUCUGUGUGUAUUUCAAUUUCUGUAUAUUGCUGAUGGUCUUUGGUUUGAACAAGCCAUUCUAACUACAAUGGACAUCACGACAGACGGGUUCGGUUUCAUGCUUGCAUUUGGUGACCUCGUGUGGGUACCAUUCACUUAUACAUUGCAAGCUCGAUACCUUGUUGAUCAUCCCGUGGAGCUGUCAUAUCUACAGAUUGGAGCCAUCUUGACCAUUAAGGCCAUCGGCUACGUGUUGUUUCGUGGCGCUAACUCUCAGAAAGACAACUUUCGUCGUGACCCCAACAGCCCAAGCAGCAGAAAACUGAAAACUCUGCCAACAGCACGUGGUACUCAUCUGAUCAUCUCUGGCUAUUGGGGUAUCGUGAAGCACCCAAAUUACUUGGGUGACCUGUUGAUGGCUCUCGCUUGGUGCAUGUGCACAGGAUACAUGCACAUUACCACGUAUUUCUACGUGAUCUAUUUCACCAUCCUGCUAAUACAUCGGGCAAGUCGUGACAAUGCCAUGUGCCGUACCAAGUACGGUCGUGAUUGGGAUGCUUACUGUGCCAAGGUCCCGUACAGAAUCUUUCCGUACAUCUAUUGAGGAAUACGAGUGAAGCGGAAUAGAAUAAGCUUAUGACUCAUUGUAAGUAUGCACGACAGUAUCGCGCUCACGGGCUGUGGUUGUUAAUUUUCUUAUUUAGCAACUUGUGGUGGUAGCAUGUUUCUGCAUCUAGUUAUAUAUUAAUCCCUUAUAAUAAAUGCGUAGCAAUCUCUA